AUGGUCACAGAAAAUGGAACCCCUCGAUACCCUCCUCCCUUGGGUGAAUCUGACCUGCGUGGUCGUCGAAAGAUUCCGCAUCCACCGCGGCUGGACCCUUUGAAGAUUGAUCCACGCGCGCCGCAAACCGUAAAAUCGACUCCGAGAUCGUCGCCGCGCUCUCCCCACUCCCCGUAUCACCCUCGCUCGCAUUCACCUCUACCUCCCGGGGCACAGACUACCACAGAUGACCGACCAUGGCUCCCUGAAUCACUCCGAGCGGGUUCACCGCAAGAAUUCGAGUCACGCCCCCCUUUCACGCCACCUCCAGAUCGAACCCCCCCAAUGUGGUAUCGUGACAACGACUCUGACCGGCCUAACCACCGCAAGGCCCCGCCGGCCAGAGGUGGUCUGCGUAUUUCUAUGUCGACCUCCCGACUGCCCAGCAGACGACCACGGCCGCAAGUAUCCCCCGACCGUUCCCAGGAUGCCGGUGCCCGUGGCCUGCCAUUGCCCCGGUUCCCGUCGAAGGGACCCACCGAUGAUAAUACUCUCCGGACAAGCUUCAAUUCCGCUAUGACUUCGAGAUCUAGCAUUGAACAGCAUUCCGGUACCGAGCGGAGUAGUGUCCUGACGAAGAGCAGUUCGAUUACCGAUCUAUCACCGGAUACUCCCGACGCUCCGUAUGGAAUGGAUGGUGGCAUGAGUGUGGAAGAUGCGAUUUCCAUGUAUCUCGAUGGAUUCAGCGACGUGGCCGAGGAGCCCUCGUCGCCCAUGUCGCGCACCGAGAGCAAGGCGCCCUCAGUCACACCUCCUCCUUCGAGAGAUACCUACCUAGAGGAGCCAAUUAUGUUUCCACCAAGGACGACCUCCCUCGAACACGUACCCCCUAUCCCUUCACCUCCGCAGUCCGAUCUGCCAGAGGCAGAACUCUUCGAGUCUGAAUCAUCACAACCUUCAAUGCCCGAGCCUAUUCUAGAGAUUGCCUCUCCACCACAGACUCCACCUCCUCCUCCACCUAUUACUUCCCACCCUUCGGCUCCAGAACCCGUUCUUCCCGACCAAGCAUCGCCUAAUUCAAAAUCUACUCACCAGCGACAGCCGUCGAGGAUAAUCAUACCCGGGCCGGUUCCCCCGCCUCUCACCUCCGCGAGUGCCACACGCGAUGACUAUGGAUUUCGAAAAGCAACACAAUAUGUGACUUUAGACCAGUACGAAGCUUGGAAGGGACCUUAUUCCAACUAUGCUGCGCAUCGUCGGAAUAAGUGGUAUGAAUUGCUCAAGGAGCAUGGCCUUCAAACCACCGAACCCACUGUGUUUCCAGCACAGUCCAAUAAGGUCAAACGUUUCGUGCGCAAGGGCAUCCCCUCCGAAUUCCGGGGUGCUGCUUGGUUUUGGUAUGCCGGCGGGUACGAGCUCCUGAACCGCAACCCUGGUCAUUACGAUCAACUCGUGGAGAAGGUGAUGGCCUCUCCUAGUAAUGAUGACAAGGAACACAUUGAACGUGACCUGCAUCGCACAUUCCCGGAUAAUCUCCAUUUCAAACCGGAACCUGUGGAUACUGGUGGUCCUCAAAACUCGAAUAUCACGACUGAGACCCAAAUGAUCCAAUCAUUGCGCCGAGUAUUGUACGCUUUCGCGCUUCAUAAUCCAAAAGUCGGUUACACGCAGUCGCUUAACUUCAUCACCGGCAUGCUCCUGUUAUUCCUUCCUGAAGAGAAGGCCUUUUGGAUGUUGCAUAUCAUCACCUCCGUGUAUCUACCAGGUACUCAUGAGGUUAGUCUGGAAGGUGCAAAUAUUGAUCUUUGGAUUCUCAUGGUUUUGCUCCGAGAUUCCAUGCCGGGUAUCUAUUCCAAGAUUGCCAGUAUGGAUGGAUCCUCCAGUCGUGGCAAAGCACCUGCCCUCACGGUGAAUUCGCGACUCCCUGACAUCACAUUGGGAUUGACCAAUUGGCUCAUGUCCAUUUUCAUCGGAACGCUGCCUCUCGAAACAACGCUUCGGGUUUGGGACAUUUUCUUCUACGAAGGUUCCAAGACGUUUUUCCGCGUUUCACUUGCAAUCUUCAAGGCUUGUGAAAGAGACAUUCUCGCCGUUUCGGAUCCCAUGGAAGUCUUCCAAGUGGUUCAAACGGUUCCUAAGAGGUUGUUGGAUGCCAACGCUCUCCUCGAGGACUGUUUCGUGCGACGCCAUCGUGUUGGCCAGGGCCGUAUCGAAGAACUGCGAGCCGCCCGACGUGUCGCUGUCCGACAGGAGAAACUGCGGCGCUCGGUCGCUUUCAGCAAGGGCCAGAUUCAGUCCGCGACUGACAAUUUCCCAAAUCGUCCACGAAAUGGGGGUCCCGAUAUCGAGCAGCGGGUUGCAAACUCCUGGCGUCACCUCAAGCAGCAUGCCUUCCAUAGGGAACCAACUCGUUAA